GGCCGAAAACUUAAAAUUCCUUCCGCUUGCCGCCCCCAAAUUGAUCGUUUCCAAGUUUAUACCCUUAGUUUGUAUUCUUUACUUAGAAAAACAAUCGAAAAUCAUCCAAUUAGGUAAAAAUUUGCAGUAAUUUAUUCUGGAAAUUUCUGAAUAAUUUAUCAAAAUUACCCGGAAUCGAGGCUCGGGACUUCCCCUCGAUAUAACAAUAACGUCAUCGUUAUUCGACAUUCGUUGCAAAAUGAUUGUCGAUUUUCGUCGAAGAAAUAAAGGCUUGUAAAAUAUGUUUUCAACAUUCCUUUCUCAUGAUAUGGAUGUACUUAAGUUUGGGAAGAUAUUAUUACUUUAUUAUUGGAUUUAAAGCGUAGUUUUCUUGUGUUUUUGACAACAUUUAAAAGACAUUUACUCAAAGUGAAACAAAAUUUCCAUGAGCACAUUAUGGCGGAAAUGGUAAACAUGUCAGAUGGAAAGAAUGUCCACUCAUUUUAUAUUCUUCUGAGAGAUAGAAUAGCUAAAAAGCCUGACAAAAGCUACAACUCAUCGAGUUUAAAAUUUGCAUCUCUACUUCAGGGAGAAAUCUUGAUUCGAAAUGUUACAACAGCUGCUGAUGAAAGCAAGGGUUUAAUAAGACUCCAUCCUUAUGACAAACCCAACUAUUUUUGUGACUGCCCUUUCGGAGAUGUGAAACGCAUUGACGAAAAAGAAGCUAAAUUGUUACUUCCAAUAAGUACGAUGGGCAACCGAUUUAAGUUAUUUGAAAACAAGUCUCUUUUAAAUGGAAAGAAAAUGACCCUUGGCAGUUAUGUUUAUGUCACGGUUCGAUCAGUAGGUGGUGGUAGUAGUAAACAGGAAAUACGGGGGGUAGUCAGGUACAAAGGACCAUUGCCAAAGGAGUAUGGUACAUGGUUUGGUGUCGAGUUACUGGUAAGUCAGGUAGUGAAAAAGGUUUACAUGAAGUAAAUGCCCAUUAUGCCCAAUCCAGAUGCCAAAGCCUGUUUAUCAGGAUUGAACAAUGUUUUGCUGCCCACGUUGUUCACACUUGUCAACAAUAUUGAACAAUAUUGUUCAGCCUGAAUCGGGUGUAACAACAUUGUUCAAUAUUGUUGACAACUGUGAACAAUGUGGGCAGCAAAGCAUUGUUCAAUCCUGUUUUCAUCAAUAUUGCAAUAACCUGAGCGUUUUUACGAGUGUACACAGCUAAUUAUUCAUCAUCCUAAUACAGUAUUACAUCACAAACACUAACCACAAAGCUAAAAUUGAACUAUAAUGUUAUAUGUUGUUUUAUAAUAUAGCAUUUGUAAAUUCUGAACGCUGAUUGGCUAAGAGCCGUGUUGAUAUAACUCAAUGUCAACACGGAAACGUCGGAAAAUUUCUUUCUUUAUAUUUCUUUGUACUAUAUUAUAAAACAAAUAUAAAACAUUUUUCCGUAUUGAUAUAUAGUUAUAUCAACACUCGUGGAAAUUGGGAAAACUCGAAAUUGUGUGAAAACACUCCGCCCAUCGGGCGUCGUGUUUCCACACAAUUUCUCGUUUUCCCAAUUUCCACUCGUGUUGAUAUAACUGUAUAUCAACACGGAAAAUGUUUUAUAUUUGUUAAAUGUUAUAUAUAACUGUGAGCUUGUUAUUGUUUGUAAUUAUUUUAUUCAAAAUGUGUGUAAUUGUUCUUUUUCCUCAGGAAGGUGCGGGGAGGGGUACAACAAAUGGAAUGUAUAAAGGAGUGACAUUCUUCAAAUGUCAAACUGAUUUUGGCGUCUUUGUAACAUUGGAAAAAUUGAGAUUAUGUGAAGACCAAACAGAAACACAAAGUGAAAGUAAAACAGAUCCCAAAGAGGUCAAUGGUACUGAUGAAAGCAACAGUGGUAUGUUUACCAAAGUUAAGAAAUUGGCAGAAGGUUUGUCAAACCUUGUGCUGGGAGAGCAACAACGUGAAAAUUCUUUAGACAUGCAGAAAAAAAGUGCUGGACAGGCAUUAGAUGUUGGACACCAAAUGGAUGACAGAGUCUGGGUAUAUAUAGGUGAUAAACUAUGUGCAGGGUUUAUAAGAUAUAUUGGGAGAAUACCAGGUGGAAAAGAAAUUCUUGUUGGAAUUGAGUUGGUAGGUACUUCGUUGGAAAUAUAUACUAUUUAUCUGUAACUAUAUACACUAGUAAUCUUUGGAACUAACUGCAGGACCAAAUUGUAGGACCAUGAUGUUGGGCAAGGAAAUGGAGACUAUUAUAAUAAGCAGUUAUUUACAUGCGCAAUGAAUCAUGCUCAUUUCACUCCUGUUGACAAUGUGAUCUCGCACGAAAAACUUCAAGAACUUUAUCAUGAACCAGAAGGUGCAAAUAUGCCAGGUAGUUCAAGUAACAUUUUUCAGUGUUCAUUAUUAGCACCAUCAUGAUCACAAUUACCACCACUGAUCAUUACCACCAUUAUUAUCACAAUCACCCAUUGAAAUGAAUAUAACUGGAACACUACCUGUCUACCUCUAACCGGAAAUUUGAUGCCAAACUUGAAGGCCAAUCCCAGACACAUGUCAAGAUUUGGCUUCAAGGAAAAGAUAGGCAGUUUAUUUGAAGGGAACGUUCAUUUCAAUGUGAUCACCACUGACAUUAUCAUAACCACUGCUAUACUCACCAUCAUACUAUACUGUAGUCACCAUCACACCAUCAUCAUCACAACCAUCAUUAUUAUCCCUGGACCCUGGCACCAUAAUCGCCAUAUCCACUGCCAUCACCACCAUUAUCAUUAUCACCACCACCAUGAUGAUAUAACAUAUAAUACAUCAUUUGGAUGUUGUUGCUCAUUAUCCCUUUGUUUCAAAAUAUAAAUAAUUACUUUUCUCCUGUCAGCUUUAAAAAACAACCCACAUUCUCAACCACAAACGUCACAGGAUAUUUUGAACAUGGAAUCACGAUUUUCAAACCAGUCUCAAGACCAGGUCAGGAAGGAACAAGAAAACAUGUUAAAAAAAUUCCAACAGGACAAACUGAAAAUGGCAGGGACAAAAAAUUUCCAGGAAAAUAGAUCUGGUGUAGAGCACACACAACUUGAUGAACAUUGGAAGAACAAAAAUAGAAAUCAACCAAAAGUUAAUAAUUAUGUCACUUGUACAACUGUUGAAGUAAAUAAACAUGUAAAAGGUAUAUAAAACAGUUCUUUAUUACCAGGGUGGACGAAAUAAUUUUCUUUCUGGGAACACAGCCUGGAGGUAAAAAUUUCCUGCAGAUGAACUAACUAUUUUUGUGCUAAAUCUCUGCCGGAAAAAUAGGUUUUUGGGCCCAUAUUGGGACAUGUGCACAUAAUUUCAUUUGAACUUUCAGGUUGCAAAACAUUUCCUGCAGGGUGGUUGGCAUUUCCUGUGAGUGGUGCUUGUGUGCUUGACUAGUUUUUCCCACCACUGUAUAUAGCAAUGUUUCCUUUGACACCUUGGAAUGCUACUUUUUUCACAAUUUACUGUAAAAGUAAAUACCAUAAAAGUAUCUAAUUUUUUAGAUCCAAGAAGUCCAACUUCUUUGCCAAGUAAAAUGGACAUUGGCUCAAUGGUUGAAGUAUUGAGUAAACACCAAGCUCCUAAAUAUGGUGUAAUACGAUGGAUAGGGUUUAUUCCAAAUAAUGACAAAAAAAUUGCAGGAUUAGAACUAGUAAGUUAAUAAAUGCUGAAUUUAAUGCAAGUGAGUAUAGUUAUUUACGUUAGGAAAUAAGCAGGAUGUUUCAUUUUGGCCUAAUUUUCUUUUACUGUACCUCACGUUUUCCAUAGAUUUUUCUCAUCCUAAGACUUUUGAAAUCUAGAAUUCCAUCAUUUUUCUUCCUUUCAUCCUAUUUCCUAAUACCAAAAACAUUUUCCUAAUACUCAAAAUACCAUUCCAUCAAACAGAAUGCAUCCUUUAAUGUUCCCUUUGAAAUUUCUCACUGUUAGGAAGAAGAAUUGGCUGCCUGCACAGAUGGAACAUUUCUCAGCAAACGUUACUUUACAUGUCCAAACAGACGUGGCUUCUUUGUUCAUCUUCACAACUGUCUACCGGAUUCAAGAUUUCUGAGAAAUUCCAUAGAGAAUCAUGCAGACAAACGUUUGAGUGGGACAGGUGAGCAAUUAGUACCAAUUUGUCCAUGGUUGCAAUAAAGUUUUCAGGGCAUUUUAUAGCUUUUAUCAGCAAAACAAACUGCUUCCUGAAUAUAUAGUUGUAGUUAUUAUCUCUUGUUGUGGAUUGUACUUGGUUCCAGUAGUGCUCCACAAAAAAACUAUUGGAAUUCGUGUCUAAAUUGAUAACCUCCUAAAGAAGGGCCUUUGCUAAAACGUACAAGUGUUUCUAAUCUUUUUUCAGAUAGUUGAGACCAUGACAACUUCUAUAUGGUAAUGUUAGUGUAUCUCAAAAGUGAAACCCGAGGGUCCACAGUGUAGGAGUAUGUUUCCAUUGACCUUAUCCCAAAAUUUAAAACGUUUCAGUCUUUCUGUUUAUGUAUAAACCAGGGGCCGGUUGCUCAAAAGCCGGUUAGCCUAACCCUAGGUGGAUGGAUCCGUGAGAGUUCUCUUUUCUGAAGUUUUGAAACAAACAGAUGUGUAUAAAUACAGAAACUAAAAUAGCAGGUUAAAUUAACCCAGGGUUAGCGCUAAUCCAGCUUGGAACAAGCGGCCCCAGAAUUCUAAUAGUUCAUAUUUAUCUGCAUUAUUUUGCUUGUAGAUUUUGGAAGGUACUAUUCACCGAUUAUAGAAGAAGAUGUGUUUAUCCCACCUCCUGAGAAAUUGAAAGUCUACUUAAAACAAGAUGCCCAAGGAAUACAAGGCCAUCAUAACUCGUGUUAUUUGGACGCCACGCUGUUUGCAGCAUUUGCAUUUUCUUCUGUCAUGGAUUCAAUAUUAUUACGACCCAAAAAUGAAAAAGACAUUGAUGACUACAAGAAAGUACAGACUGUGCUUAGAAAUAAUAUUGUGUAUCCGUUAAGAUCGUAAGUGAUGUGCAAACUAAACAAAUUCAUGCAGGAUAAAUCUAUCAAUUCUAAACUGUUCACUUUAGAGUUCUGGAGCCAUGGCUUAAUUACUAAAUGUCAGUACAGGAGGUAUAAACCUACAUUCUCUGUAGUCAAAUAGAAUAAGAAUAGUGAACUCCAUGCAGAUAUAAUAGACCUCUAUGUUUUUGUCUUGGUCUUGGUUAUGCAAGAAAUGGUCGGUUCAUCGUCACGUGUGUAUUGUAUUUUCGCUUGAGCAACCAAUAGCUAUAUUUUCAUUUAACCAUUGACAUUGUGUAACAUCACAACCGGGUAAGUAAACCAACACACUGCUAUUGCAUGGUUGCUCUAGUGAAAAAACGUUACACACGUCAUAAAUCAUUUUUGUCUGUUGGAAGACUACAGUUCAAAGUUCUUACCUGCUUUAUCUCAAUCUAGUCAUGGGUUUGUCCGUGCUGAUCGUGUCCUGGAACUUCGACAACUACUCGAUAAAUUGGGAACUGUCACAGGAUUGGUCGGAGAGGAGAAAGGUAAACCUGUCUACCUGCUCACCUCGUAUCAUCUCUGCCAUAUUGGAUGAAAAAAAUUUUCUUCUUUGCAUGGCAAAAAUGUUUUUAUCCUUUGAAUCCCUUGGGUAUUGGUUGCAUCCACCUACACUAUAUAAGUCAGUUUUUGUUUGUUAUUUUAGAUCCUGAGGAGUUUUUAACCACACUUCUUCACCAAGUCCUGAAAUCGGAACCAUUUUUAAAAAUCAAGUAAGAUUGAACUGACCAAACUGUGAGCUAAUAUUAGGACGUGAGAAUAUGAAAGAUGUUUGAAAGGUAGUAAUCACAGAAUAGGAUUAAGAAGAAUGCUAGAAUAGUAAUGUUCUAUCUUGCAGAUCAGGAAAAUCAGAUGUAAGCAAUGAAUAUUUCUAUCAAGUUCUCGCUGACAAAGAUGUUGAACGUGUUUUACCUUCUGUUGAAGAACUUCUCAAGAAAUCAUUUCAUCAAUCUGAUUUGAAACUUACCGAGGUAGGUGAACCUGGAUACAUUUUCGUCAUUUUCUCUGCUUUGCGAUUUGGAUACGAUCAAAUGCGCUUUACAUCAAGUAUUACGCUUACCUAAUUACAAUAUACUUACCCCAGGGGUCAGUUGUUCAAAGGUGGGUUAGCGCUAACCCUGGGUUAAAAUUUAACCUGCUGUUUUAGUUUGUGUAUUUCUGCACGUCUGUUUAUUGCAAAACUUCAGAGAAGUAAACUCCUAUCUAUCCAGACAAGAUCUCUGAAGAAAUAUUUCCAAAUUUAUAGACAAGCUGUCAGGAAGUUUGCUUUGAAUUUUAGGUUAACCCAGGGUUAAGCUAACCCAGCUUUGAACAACCGGCCCCAGGUUAUUUUAUCUUUACAACAAUUGUGAUUACUUUCUUAACUGUGUUUAUCCUAACCCACCCUGUCAACUUUCCCUGUGGGAGGAAACAGGAGCACCCGGAGAAAACACACGACUUUCGGUAAAGUGUUGACUGACUCAUGAGUCCGUAGCGAGAAUCGAACCCACGAUCUCAGAAGUGAAAGGCGCUUGCUCUGACAACUGCGCCACUGAAAUCUCCUACAAUUGCUUAUUACGUGAAGUUUGAAUGCCCUCUUUCCAUAACACUUUACAUAACAAUAAUCCCAUCCAGUCACGAUCCAGCGUCUUUUCAUUGUUUUGAAAAUCUCAAAACAAUGAUGCCACCCAGUCAGGGUCUUAGCCAGGAUUUGCAACUUGGGUGUCCAAAUUUGAAAUUUCGUUUAUGACACCCAAUUUUUGCCAUAUGGAACCAUGGCACCACUUCAUGCAUCAGUAAUUCAGCAAUGUGAUUAUUCCCGAAUGCUGGGAGUAAUCGGUGACCGCACUUGAGAAUCGCCCAAAAAACUAAUAAUAUAUUCAAUUAUUCAGACUAUGUCACUACUCAGUACUCACUACACUGACUACAGUAGUACAGUUUAAGUAAAUCUGCCAAUAUAUUAAUUUUAUUGAUAUUACGUUGUCACUUUCAUGCUAUAAAUACAGUAUUGUAGCUUUGAUAAGCUUGUGUAAGCAGAGAACACAACCAAAAAACAACAAAAAGCAACUGAUUAACUCAUAUAGUUAUAUUCUGCGGUUUUUGACAGCUAGGAAUCUUUCCGCUGCAACUUGCAAACUUGUGAGCAAUGUUUAUUGUCUAUGGUAUUUUAUUCUCAGCAGCUUGUCUAACCGAUCUAUGGUCAGUUGGUUUCGCACUUGUGUUUUUAUGCGAUUCUGAAUGCUAAACACCCUUUCUGCUUCUGCAUUUCCAACCAUUACACACAAGCAAGUUGCCAUAGUUGAAAACUAGGCGAGUCUAUUUCCUGAAAGGAUAAUAAAAUUCGCGUAGGUUUCACUAGCGGCGCAUGUUUACUAGGAUUACAAAGUUACAUAUUACUAGCCGUUUCUAUACUCAGUGAACGAAACGCAAAUACAUAAUUUAACAUAAUAUUUGAUUGUAAGGUACUCUACAGCUUUUACCCAGCCGUCCAAAAGGCGUCAACAUGAUAACGAAGCGUCCAAAAGCCGUCUUUUUUAGAAGGCCGUCCAAAUUUGAAAAUGGCCGUCCAAAAGACGGCUGGACGGUAGGCUGGCUAAGACCCUGCACCCAGUAUUUUGACUACAUUAUUCUGAAGAAGGCCUAUUGUUGCUAAACUAAACUGUCUAAAUCAUUAUUCUGUUAUUAGGUUCCAUCAUGUUUGAUAGUUCAGAUGCCUCGUUUUGGAAAAGGUUUUAAAAUGUACAAAAGAAUUCUACCAUCAUUGACGAUCAACAUUGGAGAAUUAGUUGACAAUUGUAAGUCGAUGAAAUGUUUCCAGUUCUUUAGGCAAACAUGAUUAUAACUUCCCAUCUUCAGCUUCGUACACGUUACAGUCAUUUAAAAGUCCAUGAUAUUUCCAAGAAUAUCCAUCACCACUUUUCAAUAACCAACAGAUCCUAACACUCGAAGGUCGCCACCAUAUGAUCAUGGUGCACUACAGAUUACAUGGAACAUACGUGGCUUUAAAUGUAAAUGAUGAAUAAUGAAUGAUAAACUCUCUUUUUACUGCGUAGGUCCACAAGAUUGUGCAGUAUGUGGUCAACUCGCGCGGUACCAUUGUAGAGAAUGUUUUGCAGUCACUGGAACUGAUAUUGACAGUUCAGGGAAUUUUUGCAAAGAAUGUAACGAACGCGUACACUCUCAUGUCAAGCGUAACAAGCACAAGUACAUACCCAUAGCCGUGUCCCGCGAGAUUGGUGCAAGUUAUGCUAAUAAGCCUGUAGAACAUCGUGAAAUGGAACUGAUUGCUGUGAUCUGUAUUGAGACCAGUCAUUAUGUCACAUUUGCCAAGUGUGAGGAACCUGAUGGUGUUGUGAAGUGGUGUUUCUUUGACAGUAUGGCAGACAGAAUAGGUAAGGAUGAUGCAUGACCAUGGGGGGGGGG